CUCUUCUUCUGUCCCCUCCCCCUCCCUCAGGGGCCCUUUGUGACCAGGUCACGGCUCUGUGAUGUGAGCCUGGGGCUCUUGUCCCCAAGUACGAGCUCAGCGCUCAGUUGCGCGAGGACAGUGGUGGGAUCAGGAACUAAGGCUUCGAGUAAGGAGAUGGAGAAUAUUCUCUUCGCUCUGAGAAGCAUUAGCGCUGGUUGGCUGAGCUCCAGCCUCCCCUCCUGGACGACCCAGACCAUCUUCUGCUUCCUGUGUGGACUGUCGUUCUUCCUCCUGUUGAUCUCCUGCUUCCAGACGGACCCAACAUCCUCAGCACCACGAACGAAACGCAGAAGCAGCAGAAAGCAGGUGGCGCCACGGCGAAGGAGCACCAGAGGCAAGAACAGCGAGAUCCUGAAAGGUAAGGGGCCGCCGCUGAGCCCUGCGCCCCUGGCGAGUGUCCCUCCUGCUCCGAGCGCCCAGCCCCGCCGUCUCCGGGACACCCGCGUCCGUCCCUCAGGAAACAGAGCCUCAGGAGGCUCCCGGGACGGAGGGCGGAACCCCGAGGCCUCCCAGAUUCUGGGCCAGAACCAGCCCGAGGGGCCGGACACGGGUGUCGCCCGGCAGGGGCCUGGGACCUCCAGCUCCAGCUGUGGCCAAGUUGUGGAACUUUGCUCAGGUUCCUCGGGGAGGCGACCCGGCCCUUUCUCCCCCCACAAGGUCACGAGUAGGGAAGCUCUCCGUAAAGGACCAAGCGACCCCCACGCUUACAGAAACUGCCUGCAGGAGCUAGAAGAGGUUCAGGACCUUGUUUCCCUUCUGCGAAGCCACUCGGGGCGGCUCUCUGACCAGGGAGGCCUUCAGCAGCUCUUGGGGCAAGAAGCCCCUGGGGCCAAGGGCAAAGCAGCACCUGCCGGAGCCCAUCAGCCCCGCGGGGAGCCCGUGAGAGAUGCCGCGCCCGCCAGGGCCCCGCCGGCGUCCCCCACUCUCAGCCAACACCCUCCACGCCUGGCCUCCACCCUACCAGUAGGACCUCAAGAAGACCAAUCUAACUUAAAGAGAACCCCAGCGGACACAGUCACAGAGAGCUCACCUCCAGGCAAUUCCCAUUUGGCACCUCUCGUGCCAGCCGUCUCAGGCCUUGGCCACGCAAGCUACCGCAUGUUGUCCUUGUCCUGGUGGUGGGAAAGCACCAAGUCCUGGUUCUUCCCCAUCUGGGCACAGCGCGAGUGCCACCACCAACACCUGAUCUGCCACCCAAAAGAGGCCUUGUCCUGGGGUGGCCCUUCCAAAAGGCAGAUAGAGACUCGUAACCCCUCAUUUGUCAACCCGGACGUCCAGAAGCUGCUGGAGAUACUCAUCACCAAAAGGGCGGAACAGAAGAUUUGGAAGGAGAAAGAAAGGGAUGGGUCAGUUGUGAAGCAGUUGGACUCAGACAACCCCUUGAACUUUGGGGGGACUUUGUGGAAGUUGCUGGGUGCUGAGCAGGACACCACAACCCCACGAUCCUUCUGGCACCGGAAAAACAAACUCGAGAAGCUGCCCAGUCCUCGGCGGCUGUCAUUCCCCAAGGUCUUGGAGGGCAACUCACAGCAGAAAUGCAGCCAGCUCUUCUGGGGUCUCCCCUCUCUGCACAGUGAGUCCCUCAAGGCCCCUGCCUUGGCCUCUAGUUCCCAGCUACACGUUCCCUCUGUUUUGUUCAAUGUUAUCUCUAACUGCUUGCCAAUACUAAUUCAGCAGCAAAUGUCUUCACAGUUUCCCCCUGCCCCACCCUUGCCCUGCCGUGGGAUCCAGCCCCAACCCUCCACGCCAACCGUGUCCCAGCCCCAGGCCCACCUUGCACCCUGUGUCCCAAUCAGACCUCCUUCUCCUCCACCCCAGAUGAGGACCUAUGGGGUAUCUGGCCCUCCAUCCCAGAAGAAGACCCCAUCUUUCAUUCCAACUGAAAUUCAACCUCGGGAACAGCCCUUGUUGCAAAAGCAACCAGAAGGGGAAAGGACGUUACCCUUAGUGCUGAAAAUAUCUCCCAAAUUCUUAAGCAGUAUCCCUCCUAAGCUUCUCCAGGACAGCCAGGCCUCUGAGGCCCACGAGUCAGUUUCCAUCUUUCACAGGGAUUUUGUCAUCUGUGAUAUCCAGAAGCAAAACCUUCAAAGGAGGCUUAGCAAGGAUAAACACCAGGGCAGUCUGGCCCACAGGGUCCAAGUGUCUCUGGACCCGAUGUGGCCUCAGGGUGAAUUCCCAAGGGUGAGUCAGGCACAGGACAAGCAGGGGCUCUCAAGGUCCUUUGCAUCUAAAUCCAAAAGCAGCCAGGCCACACAGAGGACCAGGUCCAGACACCCUAGAAGUUCCCGUAGGAAGGGCUGAGCAAGGUUUCAACUAAAGGACAACUUUGGUUUGGGUCUACAGCGAUGUCUGAGAAGGAUCCCAACAGAUCUCUCCAGGGUCUCGGCCAACUUCCUAGUGAAGGUUCCAGGAACUAGCUCUGAGAAGGAUUUAGAAAGAUACUUCAUGAGGACCUUGAAGAGGGACUCAGGAAAAUACUUGGCUAGGAGCCCAGAUAAGAAACGUGUAGAAAAAACCUUGAAAGUUCAUUUGCGCAAGAAAUUGGGACAGAUCAGCGAGGGUUUGAUCCCCGUGAGCGUAUGUCGAUCCUGGCUUGUGGCCAACCAUAUUUUGCCCAAGUGCCACACUCACACGGAAAUCAGAAAUUUAGCACCCUUGAAGGGUCGGAAACCCUGCGUAAACACCUCCCAUGAGCUGUCUUUCCUUAAUUCACUCACUCAACAGAUGCUGGAAGCACACAUCAUAAGGUUUCGGGUGAAGCAUAAGUGGGGCCCACCCCUCCAAGCCUUUGAGUCCAUAAAUCUCAAGCCAUAUGAAGCUCAACCCUUGCCCUUUCCCCGGUCCCCGUCUCUCUGCUUGGCCACCUGUGUGUCUGGGGCCCACUCAAAAGCCAAGUUCUACAAGUUCCUGGGAAAACCUCCUCAGCCCUAUCCGGGAGAAAAGGGGAUAGCAGAAGAGUCUCUUCCCACCUCAGGGAGUUCCCUGCCUGCCCCCUCACCCCCAUCUGAGGAAAUCCAGAAAUCCCUGGAAGGGACCUCACCAGGUGACAGCCAUGAGCCCUCAGAGGCCCCUUUACCUGGACAGGAGGGCAGCUCACCUUCUCCGACCUUCACACUCAGCCUCAUAAACAGAACCCCUCAGAGUGAGACAGUUAUGGGGGUCAACAAAGGCAAUCUGGAGCCAAGUCUAAGUUCAGAAAUAGCCAGGAAUGAGCUAAGGGUGAAAAGGGGGGCUCAGGCCUCACGAGAGAAUGUAGCAAUACUGGAGAUGAAGUUCAGGUCCCAAUCUUCAGGAGCUGAAGAGGCCAGGGAGACGAUGGAGGCUGAGAAGGCCCCUGCUUGGAAAGUCAUCUUAGGACCCAGGGUGCUGGCCAACAGUCAAACCAGUUAUGUGGAUCGGAGGAGAUUGGGGUCUCCAGGGACUAGUAAAAGCCCCUCACCACCUACAGAGUUGGUUGCCCAAGAGCCAAAGGAACCAAUCCUUAAAACGAAGGUGGCUAUUAAGUUUGGGCUCCAAGAGAAGGAAGAGCCAGAGGGCCAGCCUCAAGGCUGUGCCACUGGUGUACUUCUUCAAGGUUCUCCCUGUAACAUCACCCUUCAAGACUUUGCCACCGGCAUUCUUGUCCAAGACUGUGACACCGGUGUGCUCCUGCAAGACUCUCACACUGAUGUUUUCCUUGCUGAAGACAUCUUGACGUCACCCUCCAGUUCCCAGGGUCAAUAUUCCAGCAGGGACACACCAGCUUCCCUGGUGCCAGAAACUGACCUGAUAUCCAGCCGACCAAGCAGCCAGGGGCAGCAGGAGCCCAGUAUACCGAAAGCUGAUGAGCCACGUAAGAGCCAGAGCAAGAUGACUGCCUCCACUGGUGAGAGAAAAGACCAGAAGAGUCCCAAACUAGAAGGAAAUAAAAAAGGGUUUGUAGAACUGAGGGCUUCCCAAGCCAGUAGGCUGAGCCACCCUCCCCAGGUUAGAGGAAUAGGAGACAGCCUUGGGAGCAAAUGCAUCCAGCCUGUGCCAGAAAAGGGACAGAUUUUUCCAGAAAGCCACUUUAGAAAAAAGAUGAGGUACUUUCUGCAUUAUCUUCAUCUCAAUAAAAAAGGCAAAGGACUGGAAGAUCCCCUUCAAAAAGGCAAUCCUGCAUCAGCCACUGUCCAGGGCCGAGGACCAGUAAGAAGCAGAUCGGUUGGGGGCGGCAAAGCUGUUGAAACUCAGACGAUUGUGACAACUGUGGGACAGAUCCUGGUGCAGAAACUGGGACUCCACCAAGGACUUCAUGCCUCAGAGGUAAAUCAGCACAAAGAAUUCCGGCCCAGUGGGUUCCCCUACCCAGACCAGAGGAGGGAGAUGAGAGAGACGGCCUCCAAUCACCAGGACCCCAAGUCCCACAGCUGUCCUAACAAGAGCCAACGAACCAGAGACAGGGAUGGCAGGCCAACCUUCCCACCCAAGGAGCCAGGGUCCCCAAGCGGGCCCUGCCACCAUAAGCCGAUGGUGGCAGGAGCCUCAGAUCACGUCCACCGUCACCCAGUAUGCAGUCUUCAAAAAUGUGGCUCAUCCCAUCAAGCAGUGGGUGCUUCUCAUGACUUUCCUGGUAGGAAAGCUUUCUUCAAGAAAAAAUUGAGUAUAUGCACAGAAAGCCUGUUUUUUCUCAGGGUAGCACAUCCUCUAUGUGCUAAUGGCUUCUUCCCACCACAAUUUUUAUUUUCCCAAAAUAUAUGUUGUUUUUUAAUUUUUCUCAUGAGAGGAGCUGGCCUCUGUCUGUGCCCCGCGGGGCGGGGGGUGGGGGGAGGAAGGGGAAGAUCCGGGCAUGCUCUCCCCCAGUGCCUGCUUUGGCUCCCGGAAGGAAUAGAGCCCUGGAAGGAGGGUGGCCACGUGGUAUACUCCAGACCCCCUCCCUCACACACCUUCGGUUUCCAUAACGAAAGAGGAACACAACCCAGAAGACCCCACCCCGGGAUCUGGCUCCGCCCAUCCUGUCCUGCUGUCUCUCUACCUUGACCUUGGGCGGCUGUAGGGGGGGUCUGCAGGGGCAGAAACCCCUGGGCUCCCGGGCGCCUGGAAGACAGCUUCAGGCGUCAGAGCCGGGAGCCGAGUUUGGAGGCCAGGUUGGCCCUGACGGCAGCGGUGGGAGGAAUCCUGCCCCACCCCCGACCCGUCGCCUGCCCCGGGACCCCUGAUGGGGCUGGGGUGCAGAUCGGCCGGGAGCCGCCCUUGGCUCAGAGUCACCCGCCUGCUUUCUCACACUCUGGACCAGCGCGGGACGAGGACGUGCUCCCGGCCCAGGGAGCGAGCAGGUGGGGGGCGCAGAGGCCGCGAGGGACCGGCGCGCCCUGCCCCGGGGUGCG